AUGCUCCGCGACCAGAAGGACGAGGACCUGGCCCCGAUCUGCGCCAAGAUCAAGGCGCUCCGCGAUGCCGGGCUUACGGACACGGACGUGGCACGCCACUUCAUCGGGAGGCGCGUGGCUCCCCUGCAGUGGCACUCACAUCCGGAGUGGAUGUACACGGGGCCGAACGACCGGACCCGGCUGCAGCGCAAAGAACUCACGCGAGAUGAGAUCCAGUUCUGGGUGACGGGCAUCACCGGCGAGGACGAAGCCUUCCGGUUGCUGCCACUUGGAGCGCACCCGCUCCACGCCGGAAUCCCGAACCCGGGAGCCUGGGAUAUCCCACUCUGCGAUGAGUGGGGGAUCGUGGAAGACCCCUCAACUUCGAGGAAUAGGGGGCAGCCCAACACUUCACCGGCGGCCAAGAAAGCUCGCCCGGCAUCGGGCGGUGGUGCCAAGGACGCCGCUGACGCAGCUGAUACAUCGACUGCGGCUGCCAAUGGGGACACACAAGUCCCCGACCCAAGCUUGCAGGGUACCGGCCAGGCAGCAGGGUCCGCGAUAGCCGGCGAGAGCAUCCCGGCAUCUGGCGGGGAUGCGGCCGAGGGAGCCGCACACCAGGCCGAUGACGGGAUGCGGCAUGUCGCCGGGGAUGCCCCAACUACGCCCGCGCCCGCCGAGGUGCGGGUGAUCAACCUCGCCGGCGAGGCCGAUGACGAUGCUCCGGAGGAGGCUGCCUCUGCCGGAGCCCUUCAACAAACUACCCCGGAGUUUGCCGGGGAUGCAACGGCUACCACAGGUGAUGAAACGCAGACGGCACCACCUGCGGCAGAAGUAGCUGUAGCUGUUGCCGGCACCAUCUUCAUUGGAGCUGGGUCGCCGGCAGAUGCAGCGGCGGUGCCGCUGGCCCCUCUGUCUGUCAGGCCGGCGUCCAUGCGCGCCUUCUUGCUCGGUGGGGCAGGCGAGGAAUCGUCCCUCCCCCUCUUGCCAGCGCUUGCCGACGAAUCGGCCUUCAGGGGGUUGCGCCGGAGCACGAAGAGCGGGCGGGGCCGUGGGUGCCCGUGGGGUGCUGCGGCCCGGGGCACCGCGGGAACUGUCGAAGGGGCCGCCGCCGCGGCGGGGGCCAUCGCUGGUGUGGCGGCGGCCCCGGCUCCGGCAGCUGCUGCUAAGGUAGCCGUCGUCGGGUCGCUGGCGUUCGCUGCCGGGGUGGUCACCGCCGUGGCUCCGGCAACCGCUGCGAGGGUGGUUGCCGCUGAGGUGCCGGUGGACGCCCCGAAGGUCGCCGUUGUCGCGGAGCGGGUAGCCGCCGCCGGGUCACUGCCGGUCGCUGCCGGGGUGGUCACCGCCACGGCUCCGGCAACUGCUGCGGGGGCGGUUGCCGCGGCCGCUGCGCGCGUCCUCGAUCUGUGCACUAUCAGGGGUGCGCCGUCCUCAUCCUCCUCCUCUUCGUCAUCCACGGGGAUGACUUCCCGGCCGGCGGCAACCCGGCCCGUCUCGUCGUCGGAGGGCGAGUCGUGGGGCUGGUCAGCCUUCGACUCGCUCCCGCUCUCCUCCUGCGCCUGCUUCCCGCGGGGUGCGGGUAGAGGGGAGCGCAGGGACUGA